AGUGACGUGAGGGUCUUUCGCACGGUCGUCGCAUCGCAAGCUUGUAUUUGCGCGUCACGUAUAAGUGGUUGACUCUUUCUCUAUCGCCCUUGACCCACACUAACCAUCCAUCGCUUUUGUCUUUUGUCCGCGUUUCAGCCUUGCAGCGCUCUUUGAAUAAAUCACCAUUCACGGGUAGCACAUAGAGGGACCGCGCCCACCUGCACCUUUACACCUACACCACAACCGUAAAACCAACACCAUCACGAUGCGCUUCAUCGCAGUACUACCGGUGCUAUGUUGUACGGCGGCCCUCAUCCUCUCGUUUCUCUGCCUAUUCGCCGGCCACAAGAAAGGCUUCAUGGAAGACUACUCUCUCCUCACACUCAACACGUCGGCUGUUGGGCAAACGCUCAUCCAGGCUCCAUCUGAAGACUCCGAUUCUACACUUUCGUCCAUCAUAAACCUCAUUCCCGACUCCAUUACCGAUAGCGUCACCGACGAAAUCAAUGAGCAGAUCGACGAGUUCCGCGAGCGCGUUGGCAUUGAGGACUGGUACUCGGCACACAUGCUCAACUACUGCCAAGGACAGUAUGAGCCUGGAGAGGUGGCCAACGCCACGCUGAGUCAGGAUGACAUUAGCAAGAACGUCACCGAGUGCGCAAAGAGCAGGGCUACCUACAAGUUUGACCCGACUGCCAUCAUCCAAGAAGCGAUCAACAAGACAGGCGUGGACAUCACCCUGGAGGACUUGAAGUGGCCAGAGGACAUCCAGAACGGCAUCGAUGCACUCAAUGCGCUCAUGGCAGCCAUGUUUGUACUCUACGUCAUUGCCAUCUGCCUCAUCUUCAUCACGCUCCUCACCAGCGUUCUUGGAAUCUUCAUCGGAAACGGAAGACUCACUCCCUGCAUCAACUUCCUUCUUGCUACACUCGCCUUCCUGGCUAUUGGCCUCGCGAGCGCCCUUGUCACUGCGGUAAUGGUUAAGGGCGUUGAUGUCAUCAAUAAGCACGGUAACGACAUCGGCUUGAACGCGAACUGGGGCGGCAAAUUCCUUGCCCUGACAUGGGCUGCCACUGCACUUAUGCUCAUCGCGCUGCUUGGAUGGAUCGCCAGCUUCUGCAUCGGAGGCAAAGACCAUGGUUCUCGCCGUGCUCGCAAGCCCUACAAAGUUUAAAGGUUGAGAACAGAGCGGAUCAUACAACCUCUAGACUCCCAAAUUGGUCAAGUCGACAUGGAGAAAUGUUUGCAGUAUAGCGGUUUUUGUUUUUCUACACGACCUCAUGAAUGAGUUCACGCCUUUCCUUAACGUUUUUUUAUAUACCCCCUAGAUACCAGAAUGUGUUGUUAGACAGAUCCAGCGAUAAAGAUUGUAUAAUGUCCAUCCCUUCGUCGAAAGACGCACCCAGACUCGAGACAAAUAACAAUACUUUGGCUAAAACUUUACAACAACGCCUAUAAUCCUACCGGACUUAUGUCACACAUCUUCUAAAGCUAUCCUAAAGCAAGUCCACUAUACUAGGUUCGAAGUAAGACGGCGGUAUCGUCUCUUUACUAGAGUCGGAUUGCUUAAAGCCUCCGCAAUAGCGUAGAUCGGUUCACACUAAAUUCUUAAGCUACAUCA